AUGUCGAUGAUGAUGGUGGUGGCUGUGAUUGGUGCAACUGCAGUGACGAAAUGGCUGAAAGUUUCCUGUGAUGAAUCUGUUGCACCGUUGGAUAGGACGUUCACGGGAGGCAAAGAAGCAUUCAACCAAAAAGUAUGCAAGUUGGCAUUGGAAAAGACCAACAAUGAAACUGAUACUUGUGCUGUUUCAAAAAAGGAAGUGAAAUCAUCAACAAGAGGAAAAGAUGCGAUUGACGACUGUGUGCAUGCCAGGAGGUGGUUCAAAUGGGAGAUGGCAGAAGUGCGGUGGCGUGGUGCAGGAUUCUAA